AUGGCAUUCCCUCCAGCCCCCGCUCCGAAGACCGCUCUUGGUCACUAUAGAAUGCUUUCGCCCACAGCAGCCGUGAGAGUAAGCCCUUUAUGCUUGGGAGCAAUGAAUUUUGGAAAUGCUUGGGAGAGCUUUAUGGGAGCUUGUGAUCAAAAGCAAACCGAGGAGAUAUUGGAUCUUUUCUAUGAGUCCGGAGGAAACUUUAUCGAUACAGCCAACAAUUACCAGUCCGAAGAAUCCGAGAAAUGGAUCGGUGAAUGGGCCGAAAAGCGUGGAAUUCGAGAUCAACUCGUCAUCGCCACAAAGUUCACCACUUGUUUCCGAGCUGGACAUGGCGAUAAGGAGAUCAUGAUCAAUACCACCGGAAAUGGAACCAAAUCUCUUCAUCUUUCUCUCCAAGCAAGUUUGAAGAAGUUGAGAACAUCAUAUAUUGAUCUUCUUUAUGUUCAUUGGUGGGAUUUUACUUGCUCGAUUCCGGAGCUCAUGCAAUCCUUGAACGCAUUGGUCUUGUCUGGAAAGGUUCUCUAUCUCGGAAUUUCGGACACACCGGCAUGGGUUGUAUCGAAAUGCAAUCAAUAUGCCCGUGAUCAUGGAUUCCGUCAAUUUUCCGUAUAUCAAGGACGCUGGUCGGCCGAGAAUCGCGAUUUCGAACGUGAUAUUAUUGGUAUGGCUGCUGAUGAGGGAAUGGGACUAGCACCCUGGGGUGCAUUGGGAGGUGGACAUUUCAAAAGCGACGAGCAACGCAAGUCCGACGAAGGUCGAAAGAUGACACCACCAACAGAAGCUGCCAUCAAGAUAUCCAAAGUCCUUGAGAAGAUUGCAAUUGAGAAGAAUACGAUAAUUACAAGUGUAGCAAUGGCAUAUGUGAUGAGAAAGGCGAAAUAUGUAUUCCCGAUUGUUGGAGGGAGAAAGAUUGAGCAUUUGAAGGGAAAUAUCGAAGCUCUAUCAUUGGAGUUGAGCGAUGACGACGUCAAGGAGAUUGAGGGAUCAAAUGGAUUUGAUAUCGGAUUUCCUUUGAGCUUCCUAGGAGGCGGCCCAAAUGGAGUGAAGACUCCAUCUGAUGUAUGGUUGUCUAAAUUUGCUGGUAUAACAGAUCAUUUUCAACCAUCUAAAUCUCUUCCACCCCAUAAGCAAUAG